ACUAUGUUGCCCAGGCUGGUCUCAAAUUCCCAGUCUCAAGUGAUCCUCCUGCCUUAGCCUCCCAAGUAGCUAGAACUACAGGCACAUGCCACCACACCCAGCUAAUUUUUUUAUAUUUUUGUAGAGACGGGGUCUCACUACGUUGCCCAAGCUGGUCUCAAAGUCCUGGGCUCAAGCAAUCCUCCCGCCUCAGCCUCCCAGAGUGCUGAGAUUACAAGUGUGAGCCAUGGCGCCCAGCAGAAUAGACUGGCUUUGAUAGUGAAGAAGGCCCUUCAGAUUCUGGAAAUUGCCCAGGGUGGGAGCAGGUGGCAGAUAAUGUUUGUUGUUUCCAUAACACUGAUGUUUGGGGACACUGGCAAAUGAAGAGCUCUCCUGGUGGGACAUAGGGCCAGCUGGCCUGUCUGCAUUUCACCGGGUAAAGACAGUUUGCGCCCUGCAGGUCAGAAAUCAGAGGGCCAUCUAUUCUAGGCUUCUAACCCAUGAAUGAUUGAGAGUACAAGAUGGAUUGGUGCGUACCUCCAAACUGCAGGCACAGCGGAACCAUUUAGGUGGGAACAGCAGGCACCGGAAAGCAGUCACAGUGAAAGCUCUCCCCACACAUGCAGAGGUAGAGGUCUGAUCGGCUGAAGGGAAGAAGCUAUAACGAGUGAAAGAAAGCCAGCGUUUAGCCACUGGACAUCAAUCACUUGAUAAAUAUGAAAUGCUGAUUUAUGGAAGACACUUGCUAAGCCAGGGUAUACAAGGAAAUAUGAAGUGUGUCCCUGCCCAGAGGAACGUGGAAGACACAGAAAGAUGCCAACACCACCAGCUGGAUCCCGAGCAUUGCAAGUCCAGAUGCAACGGGAGCCUGGCUCGAGGGAAGACGAGAUCCGGCUGGGAAGUGUAGAAGUCACACCCCAAUGGCGGGAUAGCAGCCCCUGUGUGUGAGCACCCCUCCAUGCCAGGAGGAGGGCCAGAGAUGGAUGACUACAUGGAGACGCUGAAGGAUGAAGAGGACGCCUUGUGGGAGAAUGUGGAGUGUAACCGGCACAUGCUCAGCCGCUAUAUCAACCCUGCCAAGCUCACACCCUACCUGCGUCAGUGUAAGGUCAUUGAUGAGCAGGAUGAAGAUGAAGUGCUUAAUGCUCCUAUGCUGCCAUCCAAGAUCAACCGAGCAGGCCGGCUGUUGGACAUUCUACAUACCAAGGGGCAAAGGGGCUAUGUGGUCUUCUUGGAGAGCCUGGAAUUUUAUUACCCAGAGCUGUACAAACUGGUGACUGGGAAAGAGCCCACUCGGAGAUUCUCCACCAUUGUGGUGGAGGAAGGCCACGAGGGCCUCACGCACUUCCUGAUGAACGAGGUCAUCAAGCUGCAGCAGCAGAUGAAGGCCAAGGACCUGCAACGCUGCGAGCUGCUGGCCAGGUUGCGGCAGCUGGAGGAUGAGAAGAAGCAGAUGACGUUGACGCGCGUGGAGCUGCUGACCUUCCAGGAGCGGUACUACAAGAUGAAGGAAGAGCGGGACAGCUACAACGACGAGCUGGUCAAGGUGAAGGACGACAACUACAACUUAGCCAUGCGCUACGCACAGCUCAGUGAGGAGAAGAACAUGGCGGUCAUGAGGAGCCGAGACCUCCAACUCGAGAUCGAUCAGCUAAAGCACCGGUUGAAUAAGAUGGAGGAGGAAUGUAAGCUGGAGAGAAAUCAGUCUCUGAAACUGAAGAAUGACAUUGAAAAUCGGCCCAAGAAGGAGCAGGUUCUGGAACUGGAGCGGGAGAAUGAAAUGCUGAAGACCAAAAACCAGGAGCUGCAGUCCAUCAUCCAGGCUGGGAAGCGCAGCCUGCCAGACUCGGACAAGGCCAUCCUGGACAUCCUGGAACACGACCGCAAGGAGGCCCUGGAGGACCGGCAGGAGCUGGUCAACAGGAUCUACAACCUGCAGGAGGAGGCUCGCCAGGCGGAGGAGCUGCGGGACAAGUACCUGGAGGAGAAGGAGGACCUGGAGCUCAAGUGCUCGACCCUGGGGAAGGACUGUGAAAUGUACAAGCACCGCAUGAACACGGUCAUGCUGCAGCUGGAAGAGGUGGAGCGGGAGCGGGACCAGGCCUUCCACUCCCGAGAUGAAGCUCAGACGCAGUAUUCGCAGUGCUUAAUAGAAAAGGACAAGUACAGGAAGCAGAUCCGCGAGCUGGAGGAGAAGAACGACGAGAUGAGGAUCGAGAUGGUGCGGCGGGAGGCCUGCAUCGUCAACCUGGAGAGCAAGCUCCGGCGCCUCUCCAAGGACAGCAACAACCUGGACCAGAGUCUACCCAGGAACCUGCCAGUAACCAUCAUCUCUCAGGACUUUGGGGACGCCAGCCCCAGGACCAAUGGUCAAGAAGCUGACGAUUCUUCCACCUCGGAGGAGUCACCCGAAGACAGCAAGUACUUCCUGCCCUACCAUCCGCCCCAGCGCAGGAUGAACCUGAAGGGCAUCCAGCUGCAGAGAGCCAAAUCCCCCAUCAGCCUGAAGCGAACAUCAGAUUUUCAAGCCAAGGGGCACGAGGAAGAAGGCACGGACGCCAGCCCCAGCCCCUGCGGAUCUCUGCCCAUCACCAACUCCUUCACCAAGAUGCAGCCCCCCCGGAGCCGCAGCAGCAUCAUGUCAAUCACCGCCGAGCCCCCGGGAAACGACUCCAUCGUCAGACGCUACAAGGAGGAUGCGCCCCAUCGCAGCACAGUCGAAGAAGACAAUGACAGCGGCGGGUUUGACGCCUUAGAUCUGGAUGAUGACAGUCACGAACGCUACUCCUUCGGACCCUCCUCUGUUCACUCCUCCUCCUCCUCCCACCAAUCCGAGGGCCUGGAUGCCUACGACCUGGAGCAGGUCAACCUCAUGUUCAGGAAGUUCUCUCUGGAAAGACCCUUCCGGCCUUCAGUCACCUCCGUGGGGCACGUGCGGGGCCCAGGGCCCUCGGUGCAGCACACGACGCUGAACGGCGACAGCCUCACCUCCCAGCUCACCCUGCUGGGGGGCAACGCGCGAGGGAGCUUCGUGCACUCGGUCAAGCCUGGCUCUCUGGCCGAGAAAGCCGGCCUCCGUGAGGGCCACCAGCUGCUGCUGCUAGAAGGCUGCAUCCGAGGCGAGAGGCAGAGUGUCCCGUUGGACACAUGCACCAAAGAGGAAGCCCACUGGACCAUCCAGAGGUGCAGCGGCCCCGUCACGCUGCACUACAAGGUCAACCACGAAGGGUACCGGAAGCUGCUGAAGGACAUGGAGGACGGCCUGAUCACGUCAGGGGACUCGUUCUACAUCCGGCUGAACCUGAACAUCUCCAGCCAGCUGGACGCCUGCACCAUGUCCCUGAAGUGUGACGACGUUGUGCACGUCCGUGACACCAUGUACCAGGACAGGCACGAGUGGCUGUGUGCGCGGGUCGACCCUUUCACAGACCAUGACUUGGAUAUGGGCACCAUACCCAGCUACAGCCGAGCCCAGCAGCUCCUCCUGGUCAAACUGCAGCGCCUGAUGCACCGAGGCAGCCGGGAGGAGGUGGACGGCGCCCACCACACCCUACGGGCACUCCGGAACACCCUGCAGCCGGAAGAAGCGCUUUCAACAAGCGAUCCCAGGGUCAGCCCCCGUCUCUCUCGAGCAAGCUUCCUUUUUGGCCAGCUCCUUCAGUUUGUCAGCAGGUCCGAGAACAAGUAUAAGCGGAUGAACAGCAACGAGCGGGUCCGCAUCAUCUCGGGGAGUCCGCUAGGGAGCCUGGCCCGGUCCUCGCUAGACGCCACCAAGCUCUUGACCGAGAAGCAGGAAGAGCUGGACCCCGAGAGCGAGCUGGGCAAGAACCUCAGCCUCAUCCCCUACAGCCUGGUGCGCGCCUUCUACUGCGAGCGCCGCCGGCCCGUGCUCUUCACGCCCACCGUGCUGGCCAAGACGCUGGUGCAGAGGCUGCUCAACUCGGGAGGUGCCAUGGAGUUCACCAUCUGCAAGUCAGAUAUCGUUACGAGAGAUGAGUUCCUCAGAAGGCAGAAGAUGGAGACCAUCAUCUACUCCCGAGAGAAGAACCCCAACACAUUCGAGUGCAUCGCCCCUGCCAACAUCGAAGCUGUGGCCGCCAAGAACAAGCACUGCCUGCUGGAGGCUGGGAUCGGCUGCACGAGAGACUUGAUCAAGUCCAACAUCUACCCCAUCGUGCUCUUCAUCCGGGUGUGUGAGAAGAACAUCAAGAGGUUCAGAAAGCUGCUGCCCCGGCCUGAGACAGAGGAGGAGUUCCUGCGCGUGUGCCGACUGAAGGAGAAGGAGCUGGAGGCCCUGCCAUGCCUGUACGCCACGGUGGAACCUGACAUGUGGGGCAGCGUAGAGGAGCUGCUCCGCGUUGUCAAGGACAAGAUCGGCGAGGAGCAGCGCAAGACCAUCUGGGUGGACGAGGACCAGCUGUGAGGCAGGCGCCCCGGGCGGAGAGACACUGCGGUGCGGGGCAUCCUAUGAGGCAGGCGCCCCGGGCAGAGAGAUGCGGUGGAUGCGGGGGGAUCCUGUGGCCCACAGAGCUGCCCCAGCAGAUGCUCUGCCCCACCCGGUGAUGGAGCCCCGGGGGGACAGUCGCGCCUGGGGAGGAGCAGGUGCAGCCCAUUCCCCCAGCCCUGGCUGACCUGGCCCAGCAUUGUGGCCCUGCUGGCCUUAGCAGGGAGACAGGGGAGCAAAGGAUGCCAAGCCAGAGGCCCGAGGCCAGCCGGCCUCUCGAGAGCCAGAGCAGCAGUUGAAUGUAAUGCUGGGGACAGGCGUGCUGCUACCAGUAGGGCGGGGACCCAGACAGCCAGGUGACUACCAGUCCUGGGGACACACUCACCGUAAACACAUCCCCAGACAGGACAGAUCGGGGAAGGGGUGUGUAUUUCUCUUGCAUUAAAAUGUAUUAUUAUUUC